CAAUGAUCACAAGAGAAACCGCGUUCAACUACGGCAGGACCGUCCUGCCCGCGCUGGAUUUUACGCACGGAUUUAAACCCCUUUAGCGUGUCCCCGGGAAAUGGAAACACGAUCAUUUGGGAUGUAAGCUUCACACAGACUUGUUUUCGACCUGCAGUCUGCCUGGGCAUCCAUGAGAAAAGCCUGAAACUGUGAGUCCUAUAGCAAUUGGUGUAGCUCGCCAGCACUCCGUUUGUCCAGACCAAUGGCUUCAGACACUUGUUUGCAUCAAUUGGAAUUAUUGGUCGAUUGGAUUUGCAUACCCCUGGGAGGAAAUUAAAACGGUGCGUUUGGAAAACGGAUAUAAACAAAUAAAUCCAAAUAUCCUUGAUGGUGUGGGUUGUCACGACACCAAGUGUUUGCUGAUGCCGGGGUCACGUACAGUACACGCCAGUACCUCCCCGCUCCUUUCCGCGGUGCUCUGAGCUGGUGGCCGGACAGGGGCUGAUGCUGCGCGGCCAGGGCAUGCUGAAGAGCCGCUGCUGCGUCCUGCUUGGUGACCUGAGGGUGCUCCUGCUCGCCCCCAUGAGCAGCCAAGCGACGGCAAGCCAUGAGCCAGGCGUCACCGUCCCCGACAACAAUAACACUUUAACACGGAGCCACCAGCAACAGCCGGCGGGGGACCGAGCCGCCCUGGCCGCAGCGGGAGCCAGUGGACCAGCGGGCGUAUGGGUGGACGCCGCGGAGCUGUCAGCGGCCCUGCGCGGUCACAGUAGCUCUUCAGAUGACUGCUCGAAGGGCAAACUGGAGGAGAGGUUCUCCCUCACCAGCUACACCGAGAGUGGCUUCAGGACGCCCGUGUGCAGGAUCUGCUUCCAGGGGCCUGAGCAUGGGGAGCUCCUGAGCCCAUGCCGCUGCAGUGGGUCUGUCCGCUGUACUCACCAGCCCUGCCUCAUCAAAUGGAUCAGUGAGAGAGGAUCGUGGGCGUGUGAGCUGUGCUACUACAAGUAUCAGGUCAUUGCCAUCAGCACCAAGAACCCACUCCAGUGGCAAGCCAUCUCCCUGACAGUGAUAGAGAAAGUGCAGAUCGCAGCAGCCAUCUUGGGGUCCUUGUUCCUCAUGGCUAGUAUCUCGUGGUUGGUGUGGUCAUCGUUCAGUCCGUCGGCACGCUGGCAACGGCAGGACCUGCUGUUCCAGAUCUGCUACGGCAUGUACGGCUUCAUGGAUGUAGUCUGCAUCGCACUGAUUGUACACGAGGGCCCUUCAGUUUUCCGUAUCUUCCACCGGUGGCAGGCUGUGAACCAGCAGUGGAAGGUGCUGAACUAUGACAAGUCUCUGGACAGUGAGGAGCUGAAGGAGGUGACUGUAGACAGGACUCAGCCCAGACAGGCUGGCUUUCAGACUGGGGUGGGCGUGUCCCACUCCACCUCCUCGCUCAUGGUGGUGGCCUCUACAGCCGCGGGCUCCACCUCCACCACAGUGGUCACGGCUGGGGCAGGACUUGAAGCACACACUGACACCACCAAUGGCAGUGUGGUCCCUGAGCACUGUCCUUACAGCAUUCUCCAUCUCCUCAGCCAUCUGCGACAGACAGAGCCCCGCAGCAGCCAGCCCAGCCACAGCACACGGGAGCUGGUCAUGAGGGUCACCACAGUGUGAGGGGACAUUUACAAAUCAGCCACAUGCUCCCAAUGGACUGCUUUGGAUCAGUACAUGUCUUGUUUGUUCACAUUGCAUCUCUGAUGUCCUUACAUG